AUGGAUAUUGUAUCAGGAGCAUGUUCGGUGGAUAAAGUGGCGGGGAUGAUACAUAUUCGAGAGGAUUUGACGCCUCUGAUGCUUGAAUGGAAAGCUAUAGAUCAAGAUAAGAUGAUUGGGUUCCCAUUAAAUACGAUAACCAAUUUACAAGCUACUAAAGAAGAUUCACCUAAAAUGAUCUUAAAAUUGUUUUAUAAACCAAAUAUAGAAGAAGUUGGUGAUGGUGAAGAAGUUAAGAAUGUUAGAUUCACGUUCAAUAAUCGUCCAACCAUGAAUAAUAUUAAAGAUUCCUUACAAACUAUUGUAGCGAGACUGAGAACUGUAAUUAAAGAUCAAGGAGGCGAGUCUAAUGCUAGUACUCCUAAUAUGACACCUACUCCAGGUCCAGGUCAAGGUCAAGGUCCAAACUCAUCAGGAUCAUCAACUACUGCUUCCAUCUCCACUGGUUCAAGUAUAUCAUCCACGUCAUCUCAGAUUGAAUUAUCUGAUUCAGCAUUAUUAAAGAAUUUACAAUUACAACAGAAAUUAUUAUUAGAAGAUAAACAAUUAAGAAACAUCUUCACUCAAUCAGUCAUGCAUUUUAAAUUAUCUCCUACUAUAUUCUGGUCUACUAGAUUAAAUCAAUUACGUACCUUUGCCCUUACUAUAAGUCAACAUAAAGGUCCUUAUAAUGUCUUAUCUACGAUUAAACCAGUGGCGACAUCUGAUAAUCAAGUGAUUGUGAAUGUUUCUAGAGAAGUUAUUAAUGAAAUCUUUGAUACUUAUCCUAUUAUAAGAAAAGCUUAUCAAGAUUUAGUGCCUGCCAAAUUCCAAGAAGGUGAAUUUUGGUCAAGAUUCUUUAAUUCAAAGUUGUUUAGAAGAUUAAGAGGGGAUAAGAUUAAUAAUAUUACUAGUAGAGGCGAUGUGGUCUUGGAUAAGUAUUUAUAUAUUGAUCUGAAAUUCAUUGAACGUGAAGAACAAGAGAAAGAGAAAGAGAAAGAACAAGAAGAACAAGAUAAAGAAAAACUUGAUAAGGAAACUGAUGCAUCACCUCAAAAGAAGAAAUCAGUCAUACGAUUACCUACUCCUGAAGCUCCAGAAGAUACGAUUCAUAUUAAUAAAUUUCUUGAUUUAUUAGGGAAUGAAGAAGAUAAUUCCCAAAAAUUGGGUAAUAAGCCUGAUUUAACCAUGAGAUUUGAAGAUAAUUUUGAUAGUGAUACUCAUAAGAGAUUAACUGGAAAUAAAGAGAAUGAAAUGAUUAUUUUAAUGAAGAAUAUGAAUAAGUUAAGUUCUAAAAUGAUGAAUAUGACGAAUGAUAGUAAGAAAGAUGAUACUCCUGUUGAUCCUAUUCAAAAUGAAUUAAAUGAAUAUGAAGAAGAAUUUAAUUUACAUGAUUUACAAGAAUCUGAACCAGUUAGUUAUAUUACAAUUCAAAUCGAUACUAAUAAGGAUAUGAAAGAACAAGCUCUUCAUGAUAAUCAUCAUGAAUUAUCACAACUUUCUCAACAACAAUUAAGUGAAUUUUUAUUAGCCGAUGAUAAUUGUAUUAAUAAUGAAGUUGAUUUAUCUCUGACUUAUAAAGAUAAGAAUGAUGAGAUUCAGAAAUCUAAUGUGGAGAUUAAUAAUUUAAUUCGUCAAAAUUUCAGGACGUUUAAAUUGAUUUCAAAAGAUGAAUCACAACAAUCUCAAGAAAACAAUUUAACAAAUUUAAUCCCAAAUUCAGUAAAUCAAGAAAUCAUUAAAUAUAACAUCACUAUCGUUGAAUUCUUAUCCCAUUUUUGGAAAUUAUUCCUUUCACCAGGUAAUUCAAAAGAGUUGAAAAGGAUAUUCACCAGUUUAAAGAAUUGUCAAAAUAAUUUACAAUCCUUAAAGGAAAGAUUCAUAAAACAAUUUAAUGAAAUGGAAAUCGUCCAGAAUAAUGAAAAAUUACGAGAUAAGAUCAUUAAAGAUUUCCAAAAUUCAAUCGAUCCAAUGGAAAUAAGUUUAAAUCAUGCUUGUAAUGAAUAUAUGAAUGCGAUUCGAUCCGCCACCUCUGCUGGCAAUUCUAAUGGGUUUGUUAAUGGUAAUGGUCGUGAUUUAACAGGUACUCCUGAUGAAGGUGGUGAAGUUCAUAUAAACGGGAAUGGGAAAAGACUCCUACAAUCUUGA